AUGAACAGGUUCUUCAUUGAAAUCGACAAGGCGGUUGCUAAGAAGCAAGAGGAGUUCGAUGACGUCUGGAGGAAGGAACUUCUGCACCUCGUCAGGGUUGCAUUCUACAACAUACUGGUAAUGUCAUUAUGGACAUUGUCCUUUCCACUGCUCACAACUCACUUUCACUUCUUCGUCACCCCAGUCAUCUACGCAUUCUUGUACUUUGUGGCUCACGACCUCCUGGGCGCGAGCUGGAGAACUCUUUGGGCCACAAUUUGCACCAUAGCCUCGAAGGAUUCACCGCUCCAGCGGGAACUUACGAACUUGGAAAAAGGCCUAAACGAUGCUCAUGAGGACUUGGAUGUGAAGAAGAAUUCCAACACCAAAACACAUGCGAAGUUGAUGGUAAUGGUCCAGCAAGACCAGCGUCUGGAAAUAUCUGCCUCCGAGGCUAAGCCGGCUUUUGUUUGGGGAUGA